CGCUGUGUUCAAUUUAAUGAAUGCUAUCAUGGGGAGUGGAAUCCUUGGCUUAUCCUAUGCAAUGGCAAAAACAGGGAUCCUGGGAUUCAGCAGUUACAUCAUAUGAGGAUCUUGGGCUGUAUGCGUUUGGUCGAUCUGGAAAGGUCCUUGUAGCAUGCACAAUCCUCAUUCAGAAUGUUGGAGCAAUGUCAUCCUAUUUGUUCAUCAUUAAAUCUGAGCUGCCGGCUGCUAUUGCAAGUUUUCUACCUGGUGCCCAAGGAGAGCCUUGGUACUUAGAUGGCAGAACCCUGCUGAUAAUUACUUCUGUCUGCAUUGUGCUUCCCCUGGCCCUUCUACCCAAAAUAGGCUUUCUUGGCUACACAAGUAGUUUGUCAUUUUUCUUUAUGGUGUACUUUGCCGUUGUGAUUGUAAUUAAAAAAUGGAACAUUCCAUGUCCUCUUCCUCCGCUAAAUCAUACUGUAACAUUCCUCCAGGCACCCAACAUCUCUGAAUGUAAACCAAAGUUAUUUGAUUUUUCCAAGGAGAGUGCCUUUGCAUUACCAACGAUGGCAUUCUCCUUUCUGUGCCACACAUCGGUUUUGCCCAUUUACUGUGAACUCAAAAGUCCAUCCAAGAGCAAGAUGCAGAAUGUUGCCAAUGUAGGGAUAGCUUUGAGCUUUCUCAUUUAUUAUAUUUCUGCAUUGUUUGGCUACCUCACCUUUUAUGAUAAUGUUAAAUCCGAAUUACUUCAGGGAUACAGCAAAUAUCUGCCCAAAGAUGUCCUUAUCAUUACUGUGCGGUUAUGCAUAUUGCUUGCUGUUCUAUUAACAGUCCCGCUUAUCCAUUUUCCAGCAAGGAAAGCAGUUAUGAUGAUGUUCUUUUCCCGAUACCCUUUUUCAUAUAUCCGUCACAUUUUGGUGACUUUGGUGCUAAACAUAAUUAUUGUGCUGCUCGCUAUAUAUGUGCCUGACAUGAGGAGCGUGUUUGGUGUUGUGGGAUCCACCACAUCAACAUGUCUGUUGUUUGUGUUCCCGGGACUGUUUUAUGUGAAGCUUGGCAGGGAAGAUUGUUCAUCUCCUCAAAAGUUUGGGGCCUGUGGCUUGCUUGUUCUUGGUAUUUGUAUUGGUGCCUGCAGUUUAACGCUAAUUAUCAUGAAUUUGGCUUAAAAUGAAUAGAAGAGAAUCCUGCUGCAGUUUACAUUUGAACAGAAUGUGCAAGGAUUUACAGCUAAGGGUAUCCAGUUACAGGGGGAAAUUGGUUCAGAAAUAGACUGUCUUCAGAGCACGCCACUCUGACGGCUAGUGGGCCUUCAAGAAAGUAAAAACGUCAGCAGCUAAAUUACACGAGGGGAAACCUGUUGUUUACAAAGCUGGACAUGCUACGUUAAUUGCACAUUAGGUGUAAAUCAGCCGAGGAUUGUAGUGAUCCGAUCCAAGCAGAUCAAAGGUCCACAAAGCCAAAUAUGUCAAAUGACCAAAGGGAUUAUAUUUCAUCCUUCACAUAUAUAUACCUGAAACAAAUCAUUGUUUAUCACAAACAAAAUGAAAAGAUGAAUAGGGUAUUCAUGUUAAUUCUGUGGAGUUUAGUAGAGGCAUGGGACCCGUUAUCCAGAAUGCUCAGGACCUGGGGUUUUCAGGAUAAGGGAUCUUUCUGUAAUUUGGAUCUCCAUAGCUUAAGUCUACUAAAAUAUUAUUUAAACAUUAAAUAAACCCAAUAGGCUUGGUUUGGCUCCAAUAAGGAUUAAUUAUAUUAGGUGGAAUCAAGUACAAGAUUCUGUUUUAUUAUUACAGGGAAAAAGGAAAUCAUUUUUAAAAAUUAGAAUUAUUUGCAUAUAAUGGAGUCUGAGAGAUGGACUUCCCGUAAUUCAGAACUUUCUGGAUAAUGGGUUUCAGGAUUAUUGAUCCCAUACCUGUAAUGGACUUUUUAUACUUACAAUGUGCCUUAAAGGGAAUCCUUCCCUAUUUUUAUAUGUUAUAGCUACUUGUAUGCAUUUAAGAAAAAUCCUGGAGUAUUGCUAAAUACCAAAAACUCAAAGACCUGUGUAAAAGAAAAAAAUCUGAGCAAAAUAACAGAAUGCAUUCAGGGCAGUUCCGCAUUUUCUUACUCAGCCAUUUUAGCAUCCAAUGCUGUACAUAGAAGGCAAAGCAUAGGUAUGCACUUUGUGCCUUAUUAUUGUGCUGCUGCUGACAGUCACCUUCAAAAACAAAAUUCAGCUGAGGAAUCUAGCCAAAAGUGCUAGGGUGGGCAAGGGUCAUUUGCUUCCCCCCAUCUUCUGUCAAAAUAGCACAUGCAACUUAAACAGGGACAGAUCUGUAAAGAUAAGCUCGUACAAGCUGCUUGGGCAGUCUAUCCCUUAUAUAUCCUACUGAUUAUUCAGCGCUGCCUAAUAUGUGGGCUCUUUAUUAGAGCUUACAUAGAACUUGUGUCAAUUUUGAGGGAAUCCCCCAUGAAAUGCAGCACCAGCUUCAGUUUGAGCCAGCCUCUAUCUAUUCAGAAGCCUUUUGUUGCAGCUUGCAUGCAAAAUUGGGAAAAACUUAAUUUUUUAAGCUUCUGCCAAUCUGUGGAUUCUGGCAAAUGCCAGAGGGGCUGCUGUAAGAUGCCAUAGACAGUCACUAUUUAUUGGGCUGCUGGGGGCUGUUUGGGCCUCUGUUAUGAAUUAGUCUGGACCUGAUUUAAAUACACACUAUCAAGCACAAUGAUAUUUUUAUAUAGACUAACACUUUUAUAAACAAUUAAUGGGGUUUGUAUGUCUAUUUUAUUUUUUUAGCCUGCUGUAACAAAGAAUAAUUUUAGAAAAAAGUUACAUGUAUGAAUUUAUUAAAUUCACUACUGUCCACCAGCAGUAUUUGUCUGUCUGAGA